GAUUUUGUGGGUUUGUUUGGUGAACGCCACGGCAUAAAUACGAGUAUGUAGUGCGUCAGUGGACGUCGAAUGUGUAGUGUGUUUAAGUGCAGUGUGCGCCGCGAAUUGUAGAGUUUUGCAUUCUUCACUUUGUGUUUCAAUUUAUUUCAUUAAUUACUCAUUACUUUUUCGGAGAUUGUCAGUUUGGAAAUUCCAACUGACCCAACUUCGCAAAUGUCACAAUAUGAACUGCUGCAAUUCGUAAACUGUCGUUUGGUGCGCAACCAUCAGCUGGUGCUAGAAGAUCUCUGGGUGCGCAAUGGCAAAAUCAUUAACCCGGAGCCGGUGUUCUUCGACGAGAAGCAGCAGGCUCAUAGGCAGAUUGACUGCGGAAACUCUAUAAUUGCUCCUGGCUACAUUGAACUGCAAAUCAAUGGUGGAUAUGGCGUUGAUUUUUCACAUGAUGUGGACACUGUCGCCGAAGGUAUUGAGAAGGUCGCUAAAGAGCUAAUCACAAAUGGUGUUACUUCGUUUUGUCCCACAAUUGUAACCUCUCCACCGGAAAUUUAUCGCAAAAUCAUACCUCAAGUAGAUGGCAAGACAAAAGGCGCACAAGUUUUGGGCUUGCAUUUGGAGGGACCCUUUAUAAGCCCACAAAAGAAGGGUGCACAUCCUGAAAACUGCAUAAGAGAUAUUGAUAAGGGCAUUGACACUUUGGUGAACACCUACAGCAACUUGAGUAAUGUCAAAAUUAUUACAAUAGCGCCGGAAAAGGAUCCUGAGGGUACUGUGACAAAGGUACUAACGCAAAUGGGUAUAACGGUAGCUCUGGGGCAUUCCGUAGCGAAUUUAUCGCAAGGCGAAGUGGCCGUGCAAAGUGGCGCACGCUUGAUAACACAUCUGUUCAAUGCCAUGCUUCCAUUCCAUCACCGCGACCCGGGACUCGUGGGCUUGUUGGCAUCUAAUAACAUACCACCAGGGCAGGAGAUUUAUUUUGGUAUUAUAGCUGAUGGUGUGCACACACAUCCGGCUGCUUUGCGUAUAGCACACCGCACGCAUCCGAACGGGCUUAUAUUGGUCACUGAUGCCAUAGCAGCAUUAGGUCUAGGUGACGGUAGACAUCACUUAGGGCAACUGGAGCUCGAAGUGCGCGAAGGCAAGGCCUACAUUGCUGGCACAGAUACAUUAUGUGGCAGCAUAGCUCCACUGGAUACGUGUGUGCGCAUCUUUAAAAAGGCUACUAACUGCUCAACGGUAUAUGCUAUAGAAUGCGCUACACUUCAUCCGGCCAGCUGUUUAAAAAUUAUAGAAACAAAGGGCACUUUAAAUUUUGGCGCUGACGCCGAUUUCGUUAUGUUAACAGAUGACUUGUUUGUGAAAUCAACCUGGAUUAGCGGGAAAUGUGUUUACCGUUAUACAGUUGAGGAAUUAACCGCGCUUAAAGCCAGACCUAUCGAACAAUUAUGUGAAUGCAUUUAAACCGACUAUAUUAUGUAUACUAUUGAAAUACAACAACGCUUUUAUAAAAAAAAGA